GGACCACAGAGUUUCGGUACAACCACACACACUCUUAUAAAGACCGACGGUCGCGCGAAGCACUGCUCGUGUGAGUCUUAACGCACACCGACUCAAUUUGAUCUGUGUAGUAGCAACGAUGGUCCAUCUUUCAUCAAUCGCCAAAGAAUCCCAAACCCACCGUCAUCGGCGCGAGCAGCGCGACGCUGAGGCGUCCGAGGCGUCCGCCAACGUCUACGGGACACAUUACGCGGUGGAGGAGCUGCCCGAGCAUGCGAUGUCGGAGCAGGAGAUGCCGGCCAGCGUCGCAUACCGGAUGAUCAAGGACGAGCUGAGUCUCGAUGGCAAUCCGCUGCUCAAGUAAUGGCCCUUCUCUGCACUCAGCUUAGCAAGCAACGCAUGAUAACCAUUUCCAACCCCCCAGUCUGGCGAGCUUCGUCACCACCU